GUAGUGCUCCCCACGCACACAGCGUUGCAGUAGAGAUAAAUGUGGUCCUUGGACGACACAUAGCCCGGGCAUUUUCGCAUGGCCUUCAGGAUUCAGGGGAAUGGUUUUGUGUUGAACCCAACACGUAACUCCCACUCCUGUGGUUCAACAUCACAGCAGCAGCGAGGAGGUGAGGCAGAGUAGUGGAGGAUGAUCAUGCAGCGCAUCCUAACUCAUGGGACACUGCGGCGGGUGGCAGCAGCACGCCCGUUCCUGGUGGGCAUCACCGUCCCUGAACCACCAGUAGCAUUUUGUUGCUGCGUCCUGUCAUGGCCACCCCCCAAAGGCCGCCGCUGGCUGUUAACCUCAGCCUCCAGCAAGGCAGCACAACAACCAAAACAACAGCCACUACAGGAAGAACCACAGUCUCCUCAAACACCUGAGACACAGAAAGUGGACGCUGGGCCUGAUGCUGUAGAGUUAGACCCCCUUCAGGACAAGUCCACUGGUCUUGUCCAGAGGUUUAAGAGGACCUUCAAACAGUAUGGGAAGGUGAUGAUCCCUUUACAUCUUGUGACGUCCUCAGUCUGGUUUGGAGCCUUUUAUUACGCUGCUAUGAAAGGUGUGAAUUUAGUGCCCUUCCUGGAGAUCAUUGGUCUACCAGAGUCAAUAGUCGGCCUUUUGAAAGAUUCUUCAAGUGGCUACGCUCUGACUGCGUAUGCCAUGUACAAGAUUGCAACCCCUGCAAGAUAUACGGUGACUCUGGGCGGCACAUCACUAUCUGUUCAGUAUCUCCGCAAGCAUGGCUACUUAUCCACACCACCGCCGGUUACGGAAUACAUCCAGGACAAAAUGGAAGAGACAAAGGAGAAACUGACAGAAAAGAUGGAGGUGACAAAAGAGAGAUUGUCAGAGAAAAUGGAGGAAACAAAAGAACGCUUAUCUGAGAAAAUGGAAGAGACGAAGGACAAGUUUUCUGAGAAACUGCAAGAAACCAAAGACAGAGUCUCAGAGGGAAAGUCGUUUUUUAGAAAGAAAAACGAUUAGAGAAUCCAUUACAGAUGGCACCUCCUUAUCAAAUGAUCUAUGUUUCGAUCUCAGAAAGUUAAUCAGCAAGUUUAAAGAAAGUAACAGACGACAUUUGAAAGACUGUUUAGAAAGAAGAUGGAGACUUUCUACUGUCCAUGUCCUAAGAUUUCACUUCACACAUCUCGGUUAUCAACUGUUUAUUUAAUUCAGUCCCUAAUUGUCCAAACUCUGCCACAAUCCACUGCAAGUAUAGACUAGAUGGCAGGAUAACUGGGGGCCUGCUCCAUAAAGUUGGUUUACCAUUUAAGCCAGGUUUAUUUCAGUUAGUCUGACUUGUUUCAAGCUGAUUAAGUUCCAUAAAGUAAAUUCAACUAGUUUCCCAGCAUGCAUUGUUUCAGGCACUGAUCUUGAGCUGUUUAAUUUGCUUUACUCAGCCAAAUACCUGAAAAUCACUGAAAUAUGCCUGGCUUAUAUAUAAUUAACUUGCUUUAUGGCACAUGCUCUUGAUUUACACAAAUUCAAGCAACCUUGACUGUGAAAAGAAGAGAAGCUGUGUUUUUAUUUCUCUUUAAAAAAAAAAAAAGCAGUAUGGACUUGAAGAGUCAAAAAUAGUCAAACAAAUCUGUCAGUGUAAAAGCAGCAUCCAUUAAAAACUGUAUGAGAGAGGGUGGUGCAGUAGGAAAAUAAAACUUGAAACGUAUAAUUACCUGUGUGUACUAGUCCAUCAUAGCUUUUCUGGAAUGCUGGGUAUCACCUUGUGUCUUUUCUAACGUAAUGUCUUUUCUAAUGUUUUUAUCCUAUAGCCCAAGAUAAUAUAUUACUUUACUUUGGUGUCCGUACCACUCCAUGUAUGGACUGAAAGUCAUGUAUAAAGUAACAAAGUGAAAUGAUUGUUUGAAAGCUGCUCUUGAAGCAGAAAAAGUCAGAGUACAUGCCAGUUAACGUGAUAAGUUGUCCGUCACACAUGUAAACACGCACUGGCCACAGCACACUGUGUAAUACAUGGGCCUAAAGCAGUGAAAGUGUACCAGAUAUACAAACGCACUUGUCCGUAAUUCAAACAGAUGUCUGGAUUAUAUGUCUGCUGAAUAAAGUGAAAUGCUAAUCAGCUAAA